ACCAUUAUCGCUGAUAAUAGGGGCAGUUUCUUGGCGAAUAACCUUCAAUGACUGUCGUUCUUUAAGAAAGCUCUUCUUUCUCGCUGACGGGGCAAACUAACGGAUGUAUUUUUUUUGUUAUUUGACCCGUUGUUUGCGUCGCCGGACCAGGUUAAAUGCCUGAUACACCUCUAUCCACCCUGAGAUUACCUUUGGAAAAAGGUGCCGGGAUCCUUCUCCGCCGCCGCCUCUUCCAGCAGUACAUUUGAUAUCAGAGACAGGACAAUCAUGGAUCCGACCCGGGGAUUUAAAUACUUGGACACGGUGGCAAGCUGUGCUGUUCAGUAAGGAUGGGACGAAAAUAAGAGGAAUUUUUUUUUUAUCAAACGUAUCAGGUAGAGGUGUCGCAGCAGAAGGAUGCCGCUAGUGAAGCGCACCAUCGAGCCCAGGCACCUGUGCCACACGGUGCUGCCAAGGAACAUCAAGAAUGAGCUGGAGUGUGUGACUAACAUCUCCUUGGCCAACGUCAUUCGCCAGCUCAGCAGCCUCAGUAAAUAUGCAGAGGACCUGUUUGGAGAGCUCUUCAACGAGGCCCACACCUUUUCUUUCCGGGUCAACUCCCUGCAGGAGCGCGUGGACCGCCUCUCCAUCAGUGUCACACAGCUGGACCCCAAAGAAGAGGAAUUGUCUCUGCAGGACAUCACCAUGAGGAAGGCUUUCAGGAGUUCCACUAUUCAGGACCAGCAGCUGUUCGACCGCACGUCGCUGCCCGUCCCACUGCAGGAGACCUUCCAGACAUGCGAGCAGCCACCGCCCCUAAAUAUCCUCUCGCCAUACAGGGACGAUGGGAAGGAGGGUCUGAAGUUCUACACCAAUCCGUCCUACUUCUUUGACCUGUGGAGAGAGAAGAUGCUGCAGGACACAGAGGACAAAAGGAAGGAGAGGCGGAAACAGAAGCUGCAGGACCCCCGCAUGUAUGAUCAGGUCUAUAGGUACUUAGACCUUCCAGGGCAGAUGAAGGCCAUAGACCGUCCACAGGAGCUGGAGAAGGUCCCACGGGUGCCUCACGACCGCAAGAAGGAGUGGCAGAAACUGGCUCUGGGUGCUGAGCUCGCCCAAGACAUACCUGAAGACAAGCACAGGGAGGCCAACGGAUCUGCUGGUUACCACGACAACAGGGCUCCUCUGUACAUGGAGCAUUUGGACGGGCCUUUCUCUCUGGCUGCGCUGCCCUACACCCAGAUGAACGAGCUGCUGAACCGAACCGGAGACAGAAUGUAUUCAAGGCCCGACGGCCCUCCACCGCCUCCACCUCUCAUGCACUCACUGGGAGAGAUCAAGCCACCCUCUGUGAUCAGUUCUGGUUCAGGUUUUUCCGACAGCAGACCUCAGUCUCCAGCCCGGACAGCAGGCUUCAACUCCAACACUCCCCCUCCCCCUCCACCCCCUCUCCCCCCUCCGCCUCCCCCGUUACCCUCCUCAGGCCUGCGGGGCACCCCUCCUCCUCCCAUACCCCCUCUACCAGUGCAGCAGCAACCUCCAGCCAUCCCGCCUCCCCCCGCCCCUCUCCAGAUCGCCCCGGGCGUGCUCCAUCCGGCCCCUCCACCCGUGGCACCUCCCCUCCACUCCUCUUCCCCCGCUCGCCUCCAACAGGUCCUGGACAGGGGGCAUCCUACGGGCUCGGGGACCCAGUCGGAUGGCACCUCCCUGCCCCCUCCGCCGCCACCUCCUCCUCUUCCUCUCCCAGGAGCACGGGGCUCCGAGCCCUGUCCGUCAGGCCCUCCACCUGUGCCCGCCUUCCCCUCAGCAGGAGCCAUGGCCUCCCCUCUACCCCACACCAUGCACGAUAUGGGGAGCAAGAGGCAUCACCCAGCCAGUCUGCCACCAAUCAGCGACGCACGCAGUGUCCUGCUGGAGGCUAUCAGAAAAGGCAUACAGCUGCGGAAAGUGGAGGAGCAGCGAGAGCAGGAGGCUAAGCAUGAGCGCGUGGGCAACGACGUGGCCACCAUCCUGUCACGCCGCAUCGCCGUGGAGUACUCUGACUCCGAGGAUGAGUCCGAGUUUGACGAGGGAGACUGGAUGGAGUGACGGCGAUAACAGACAGAUAAGGAUUUCAAAGAAAACGGUGUUGGAGACGAGAGGACAAACUCGUUCAGGUGCCCAGCCCCCUCGAACCUUCACUCCUCCACACCUCGCCAUCAAAGACUCCUCUGUUCUCUGGAAAGGAGGCGACACGAUGUCUUUGCCCGACUUCACCCCCACCCCCCCCCUUUUUUUUUUUUUAUGUCUGUCUCAUUGUGGUUCGUGAUGGGAGGAGAAUCUCCUCGUCGCCCUCGUCCGUCUCCCUAGUGUUCAAUGCGAAGUUUUCGCCCCGUUCUUUUCUGCACUCACACAUGAUUUGCUGGAUUUCUUGUGAAGUCCUCCAUGUUUACUGUUGUUAUACAUGAAGAUAACUUUUUUGAAGAACCACUUGUUUUUGUUUCUUAUCUGAGUCUAAUGUGUAAAAAAAAAAAAAAAAAACACACACAAAAGGAAAGGAAAACAAUGAAGGCAUGUUGCAUUUAUCCCUAUUUUUGCAGCACUGUUUCGCCAUCUGGUGGCUGAACCUUGGCAUUGAAUGAACCCUGUUUUUAUUUAGUCUUUUUUUAUUUACCUUUUUUCCUGCAGAGAUAUUUGGGGGUUUAACAGGCCAGUAGUUUCUGAUACUGACCACCACAUGAUCACACUCACUCCAGCUGGGUUGUCUUUUAGUUUCCUCUCUUAGCAGGACUUAUUUUAACCACUUAGAACAAGCAAAAGAUUGUGACGGAUUGCUGAAUGGUUGAAAACGACGACGGGGAAGAAUAUGGCUGCUUAAGCCAUGCGUACAUAUCCAUCCACUUACGUCUAAAUUAACCCCAGGGAAGUGUAUGCCGAGAGAUUGGGCUUUUCAGUCUGUGUAGGUUCUCAGGAGCCAUCGUUUUUUUUUUUUAGAACACUGAGUUAUUAUAAUUUCUAAUUUUUUGGCCACAGAUACGGACUCUGGAAGUGAUUUAAUUCUGCAGCUGUACAUCAGAUUUCCUGCCUCUCUUUUUGUCCCUGAUGAAUAUUCAGUGUGUGGAAGAAGAAAAAAAAAAAAAAGUUGAAAAUUGAAAAGGUACCUGUGAUAAUGAGAGUCUGAGAAACACCAGGUACGAACCACUUAUCACCACUGAAGGCAGCUCUUCCCUCUGAUGUGUUUUUACUUUGUACCCGCAGCUAACGAGAAGCCUUAACUCGUUCGGUCUCCAGCAGCAGCUUUGAUUCAAGAGAAACCAUUCGGUGUGUUGCUGCCUUCCAAAGAGAAGGAUACAUUAUGCCUUGUUUUUGGCUCAUUUCUAAGAAAAUGUCUGCCAUCCUUUUCUGUUUGUUCUCUUUCUUCUACUUGCCUUAUUGUUCCUACAAAAACGUAUUGUUGAGUUGAUGAAUGUAUUGUGCUGUUACUACUUACUUGCCUGCGCUUGUAUGGAUUUGCUGUUUCUAUGUUGGGGGGGGGGCUGGUUUAAAAAAAAAAAAAAGAUUAAAUGAAAACUGUAAACCAUGUAACUUAUGUAACUGUUGACGUAACAGUUUGCUUGAAUUAAUAAAAAUCUAACGUUAUGUUUCAGCCCUA